AUGGAACGACUCACCACCCCCUAUGCCGAUGGCUACUGUGAUCCACUUGAGGUAGAAGUCCUUGAGCACUACGAGAUCAACAGGGAGCGCCACAAAGACGAACGUGACGGAAUUCAAAAGAAAACCUUUACAAAAUGGGUAAAUAAACAUUUGGCUAAGGUGAGUAUUUCGUUGUUUACUUUUCGCUCUUCUUCUGCUCACUAUUUGAAUCUUGAUACGAUUUUGAAGUGUGUGUUGUCUGUUCACUCGAAAUAUCUUGGUUUUUCAUCUUCGCCUCAUAUCUUCGGUUUGAUCGAUGAUGAUUGA